AUGGAGGGAGCACAGCCUGGGGCUGGAGGACCAACAGACUGGAGAUGGGAAGGCUGGAAUUUGUUCCGAAUCCACAGGCCUCUCCUUCCACUCGUGCAGCUGCAGGAGAUUUUCCCAGUCCUCCGGUCUCCCCUGGGGGGAGAGAGGUCAAACAAGCUGCUGGGGUGGAAGAGAGAAUGGAGGAAGUUGACAGGGAUGGGCGGGCCCACGGUGGGGGGGCUGACCAGGAACCUAGCUUCCUGCUUAGAACCCAGGCAUCCAUCCCCCAGCUCACCCCCACCCCCUCAGAAACCCAAGGUUCCAGCCCUCCUCCCAAAUCCCAGCCACCCCUACCCCAAAGUUUCUCUCCGCUGGAGGAUGGAGGCUGAAAGACCCACGGAAGAAGACGACGGUGAGCAGGGACCCCGGCCAGAUGGGCUGGAUGAGCACGGCUGGCCCCCUGUGAACUCCCCCACCACUCGGCCUUGGCGAUCUGCUCCUCCGUCCCCUCCACCAGGAGCCCGUCACACAGUUCUGGGGCCCCUUUCGGCCUCCCUGCUCUCCCUGCAGACAGAGCUCCUUCUGGACCUGGUGGCUGAGGCCCAGUCCCGCCGCUUAGAGGAGCAGAGGGCCACCUUCCACACCCUCCAGGUCCCCAAGAACCUAGCCCCAGCCCUACCCCGACCUCUUGAGGAAAAAGAACAGCUUUACACCACCAUCCUUAGCCACCAGUGCCAGAGAAUGGAAGCCCAGCGAUCAGAGCCUCCGCUACCCCCAGGGGGACAGGAGCUCUUGGAGUUGCUACUGAGGGUUCAGGGUGGGGGCCGAAUGGAGGAGCAAAGAUCCAGACCCCCGACGCACACCUGCUGAGACCUGAGCCCACACGAGCCCCUCUUUCUUGGGGCUCUGAGCUGGGCCGCCUACUGCAUGCCUCAACCCUGCUUGACAGGGGUACCAGGGAGGGACGACCGAGAAGAUACGGCAGCAUUCACCACCCUCAGCGUCUUCACGUGCGCAAACCCUGGGAAUAGCCAAAGGACAGUCGCUUUAGUCCCUCAUCAAGGGUGCUGGACUGAGGUUGUAGGGAGUGGCUGGGAGUCUGUCCUGAGCUGUCCACCGACCUGAAAGGAUGUGAGGGCUCUGGCAUGCCCUGGGUGGGCACACAAAGACAAAUCUCAGGUUAGGACCCGAAACACCCACAUCCUCUUUCCCAGUAAGAAGGAAGGAAGAGAGAAGAAGACUGUUCUCCAACCCCCAGCCCCAAGGCCGGGGUGGGAGGGAGGGGGGGGGUCUAAAGGCUGUAAAGGCACCUUUAGCCCUGCUCACCGUUGUUCUGAAUCUGUCUCAUGUUUUGGCCGUAUGAAUAAAUGUAAUUUCCCUUUG